UUUCAUUUGUUUCUUGAUUUCAUUAAAAAAAGUUGUGGUGAAUAUUAUGAUAGGAAAGUAUUUAUAAAAAAGCAACGACCCAGCAGCAACGACAAAGUCACCAAGAAGCACAUUAUGAUAGGAAAACAUUUAAUUACAUAUCAAACAAUCAGUAAAAUAUCUAGUGUUCAAUCAAAUGCUGUGGCGUUUCUCAAAAAAAAAAAAUGCUGUGGUGAAGAAAAGAUAAAAAAUCUCUAAAUCUGACUUCCAAUAUAGAGAAAUCUUCUUAAAAAGUUAAAAGUGUUAUUUCGUUGGAACAAUUUACUAGCUUAUUACAGUUUUGAUGUUUAUCUAAAAUCAGUUUCAUCAAAAUGAGAUAUAUUUGAAUACAAAAUCGUACCAAAAACUCAAUUACAUCACAACUUAGUUUCAUAAAAAUAAAAAACAGCUCUUUUUUUUAGUAAAAUUUAUCAGGUACUAAAAAAGGGACGGAGGGAGUAAUUGAUUUUAUUAAUGUCUUUGUUAUUUUAUUUUAAUCAAUAUACAUUAUUAGCAGGGCCGGUCCUGGUAUAGGGGCAGCCUGGGCUGCUGCCCAGGGCCCACCAGGAACAGGGGCCCCUAAAAUAUAUAGUUUUAGUAGUAUAUAUAUAUUAAAUAUUAAAUAUUAAUAUAAAAUUAUAAAUUACUAAAUAUUAAUGCUCCGUAGACUGACUUUGAGCAAGAAACGGCUAAGGCGAUUAACGUUGGAGACGGCUUACAUUCCACACACAGAAGCCGAGAACUAAGCAUUAAUUUUACUCCCGAAUUCCCAAUUAUGGAAUCAGUUCCCAAGCGUCGGAUUAUUUCGCUACCGGAUUCAAGGACAGGAGUAGCAGACUAGCAGACGAGGACGAGUACGGAGUACCGCCGGUCUGCCGCACAGGGAUUACAUAUUGCAAGUGUUGACCAGCCCUUACAAUCUUAAGAUUUUUUCUGUGGUUCUACAACAAUUUUUCAGGGGGAACGUCAUCGGGUGCACGCUCUGGGGUCCGAUGGUUGAAAUGUUGUUGGCGUACAAGUUAACAACAGCUGAACCAAUUGUCAUGCUGCUGCAAUGUUGUAGAGCUAGAAAAUAUCAAGGUCAAGUUACUGUGUCAAAUAUGUUCAACACAACAAAGGUAAUUCUAAACGGACCCGAAAAAGUGUUCACCGAAUUCAAAACUAGAAUGGCUAAUAGGUGUGGGGAAGGUCUGAGUUUCACCAUUUCGUCAGACACAUCCAAUGACUGUGAUAUCAGUAGCGGUCAAACACAGUUGCUCACCAUUGACCAGCUGAAUAAGUUGGAGGAGGAAGGAAGACAUUGGGUGUACGGUGAGAUAGCAGGGAUUGAUAGCCAUAAAGAGUGGUCUUACGUCUCCUGCAUAAGUUGCAAUCGAAAAGUCACUCCGAACGGUGACAGUUUUGUGUGUUUGUCCUGCAACUCAUCGGAUGCUGUUUUAAGAUACAGAGUUAGCAUCAGAGUGGUGGACGGAACCUCCCAUGCAUCCUUCUUACUAUGGGAUAGGGAGGUUUCGUGUUUGAUCGGGAGGUCAGCUACAUCCUUGAAAGAGCAAGUCGCAAAGAGGAACUUUGGUCCCCACUACUUCCCUGCUGAAAUUAAUGCCCUCAUGGACAUUAAAGCGCUAUUUCGGGUCCAGUUCAAAAAGGAGGGUAGCAACUACCGGGGAAAUCAAAACUUUAGUGUCUUGAGGAUGAACACAGACCCCAGGGUGCUGUCGCUCUACGUUUCUGAAUGCAACAUUGAGGAGGAAGAUGAGUUUGAUCUGCUCAAGAGAGAGUUUUGUAGCAGCGAGCAGGUUGGCUCCUCAGAAGCAGUUAUUUCAAGCAGUCCUAUGUUGAGCAAAGAUAAAGGAAUAGCCUUAGAAGUGAACGGGGAGAAAGUGAAAAGGGAUCUAUUUGGAGAAUUUUCUGCCACAAUGCCACUCAAGAAGAAUAAGGGUAUCAAAAUUGAGGAGCCAAAACCAUGAUAUUCUUAGGCUUUUGUUCGUUCUUUAGAAUUAUGUAGACUACCUACCUAUGUUUUAUGGGUUCCAUGGGUGGCUUUUACGUAGAAGGCUGGGCUAGCUCUUUAUAUUAAUGCUUGGAGUUGGUGUAUUCUGCAUAUUUUGCUUUUUGAAUUUUGUUAUUGGUUCUGGCACACUUGAACCUAAAGUGUCCUCUCUAUGUAACCUAGGACAGGAAAUGUAUAUUACAAUAAAACGAUGAACAGUUUGUUUGCAAU